AUGGCUUACGCCUACUUGUUUAAAUACAUCAUCAUUGGAGAUACAGGUGUGGGCAAGUCUUGUCUGCUACUUCAGUUUACAGACAAGAGGUUCCAGCCUGUUCAUGAUUUAACUAUUGGUGUUGAAUUUGGAGCUCGUAUGAUUACUAUUGAUGGCAAACAAAUCAAACUGCAGAUAUGGGAUACUGCUGGCCAAGAAGCAUUCAGAUCAAUCACUCGUUCUUACUACAGAGGUGCUGCAGGCGCUCUUUUAGUAUAUGAUAUUACUCGGCGAGAGACAUUCAAUCAUCUUACCACCUGGCUUGAAGAUGCACGCCAACAUUCCAACUCUAAUAUGGUUAUUAUGCUUAUUGGCAAUAAGAGUGAUCUAGAAUCACGACGCGAAGUAAAGAAAGAGGAAGGUGAGGCCUUCGCUCGUGAACAUGGACUUGUGUUUAUGGAGACUUCUGCGAAAACUGCCGCAAAUGUUGAGGAGGCUUUCAUCAACACUGCUAAAGAGAUCUACGAAAAGAUCCAGGAGGGUGUUUUCGACAUUAACAACGAGGCGAAUGGUAUCAAGAUUGGGCCCCAGCACUCGACAGCGGGAGGGGCGAAGGCAGGAGGCGCGGGAGCGGGGGGUGCGGCCGGGGGUGGAUGCUGUUAG